CAGAGUGAAGAUUGAUUUCACCUUGGGCAAAAAUGUCGGCCCCUGACCCCUCGCAGCAGGCAUUCGAAGCCGCCAAAAACGCCUUCAAGCAGAGUUUGAAAGACGAGAAUUUGUUCAGGGAAUUGCUCGCAACCACCAGCGUAGAGCAGGUUUACAAGGCCGCAGAGGAUGCUCAGGCAAAGCCGUACGCAGACAGACGCCUCCGACACACAGCCAAGAUUCGCAGCUUCAUCGACAAAUUAGCCGAUUAUGCAUCUGCCGUCGACACAUUUGUGCAGGCCAAGCCGGAUAUAUUAGCACUGAUUUGGGGACCCAUUCGUUUAUUGCUACUAUGGACGAGCAAUAUCGCAAAGUUUGCAGACGCUAUCAACGAGGCCAUGAAGAAGAUUGGUGACGCGCUGCCACAUGCUCUCAAGUUGGCCACCAUCUUUGGCGACAAUGACAAGUUGAAGGCGGUUCUGGCAUUAUUUUACAAGGACAUCCUCGACUUCUAUGUAAUUGCCUUGAAAUUUUUUAAUUUAUCUCGGCCGAGCCUCGUCUUUGAAUCGGUAUGGCCAAAGCAACGGGACAAGAUCGAUGUCGUUGUGAGCAACAUCCAACGGCAUACAACUCUGAUGAGAAGCGAGGUGUCAAUGCAGCGCAUAAGCGAAGAGCAUGAAUUUCGAGUCAAGUCUUUGGCUCAUUUUGAUCACGAGACAGAAUUCCAAGAGCUGCAAAAGUUCCAGACGCUCAAGACUCGCGUCUCCCCUCGGAUCUAUGACGAUCGACUUGACUGGUUGCUAAAUCGCUCGUCCAAAGCUUCGGCCGAGUGGCUUGUCACCGACAAUAUCUUCCAAAGUUGGCUCGACAUCUCCAACCCAGCUGUGCGACUGUUGUGGUUACAAGGGAUUCCAGGAGCAGGCAAGACUUUUCUUUCCGCAGCCGCCAUCGACGAGGCCAAGACACGUCACCGAACCCUUUUUGUAUUUGUGAGCCACAUCCAUCAAACCAGCACCACGACCAGAUCCAUUCUCCAGUCGCUGCUCUUCCAGCUGGCAUUUGACGUCAAGGAUGCCCAGUCUGUCCUAGUCGAAUCAAACGAACGAGAACUGCUCGGCAGCACUAGAUACGUCCUAGAGUUGCUCAAAACGCUCCUGGAUACUCCUACUGUUGGGCCAACGUAUCUUAUUCUCGAUGGGCUCGACGAGAUGGAGGCUGUCGAACGCAGGAUAUUGUUACAGCAGCUGACUGACUUGGAAAGUUGUCCCGCGGUGAAGAUACUCAUCAGUAGUCGGCUCGAGGAUGACAUUGCCAGUAUUUUAGACGCCAAAGCCACCAAAAUCCGGGUGGAUAAGAGGAAUUCGGGCAGUAUCCAGUCCUAUGUCAACCAGAGGACACAGGACUGGAUACGGACUGCGGACUUUGGUCAAGAAAUACGGAAGCAGGUCGAGCGUCUGCUAGCACCCGUAACUGAAAAUGCGAACGGCAUGUUUCUCUAUGCUCGCAUCGUCCUAGAUAACGCCGAAACUUGCAACGGCCUUGAGGAAAUCGAACGAGAACUUAGAGUACUCCCCGUCGACUUGAAUGAGGCGUAUCACCGAAUACUUACUCGAAUCAGUCAAUCCUCUCCAAUCUUGCGACGAAAAGCGAAUAUGAUCCUCGGCUGGAUUGGGUCGUCUCCUAUUCCCUUGACACGGCACGAGAUGGAGCAAGCCUUGUUGGUCGACUCAAACUCAAACGCAGCUCCCGCCGUUAUCACCAAUGUAAAUUUUGUCCGCAUUUGUGGCCCCAUCGUAGAAGUUGUGGAUGAGAGCCUACAGUUUGUGCAUUUCACCGUCAAGGAGUACAUUUUCAGUCGAGAAGUUAGUGGCUUCAUCGACAAGGCCGAAGCCAAUUAUAGCCUUGCAAAAACCCUGCUAACCUAUCUUUGCUCUGGGGCAUUCGACAAGGAACUUCCAGACCAAAAGCUUCAAGAGAACAUCGUGGCCGGAAUAUACCGCCUCCAUUGGUUUGCCACAAGCCAAUGGAUCACCGUCGUCAGGCGUUGCGUAGAGAUGUCCAAGGACCUAUCCGCCUACCCGGACUUGCUCGAGCUCCUCACACACCUGGCUCUGGAGCUGAGGAACCAUUCCUUCAAUGGCCAAGUGGACCUCAACGACCGUGUUUUCCGGACCAUGGAGCCAGAGCGGCCUGAGAUUUCCCAGUUUGUCUGCGGAAUCUUGCAGUUUCGACAAGACGACAAGCAGUCCGAUUGGAAUUACACAAACAGUCACACGUGGGUUGACCUGGACCCCUCCGUCAUGUCCUUCACGUCAACGCGCAUCUACAAGCGUCUCGAGGAGUUGCUAUGCGAAGAAAGGAAGCAUAGAAAGCCCCCCGACUGCUCCUGCUCGACCCUGCACCGGCACUACGGAACCAGCAUCUUCAAAUGCUCGUACCCCAGCUGCAGUCUCAACCGCUCCGGCUUCCCCACGCGCAGAGCCCGCAAAGCCCACGUCGACAGCCACGCCCGGCCCUGGAAAUGCGACGACCCCUCGUGUUUCUACGCUACCAUUGGCUUCUCUUCAAGGCGGGACCAACGCAAUCACUGGCAGGAGCUGCACCAAAGCUCCCAGCCGGCUGGGCUGACGAACCUGACACAAGAUUGCUUCUCCCGGGACGAUCUCACGGUUCUGCUGUUCGAGCUGACCAAAGCCGGCGAUGUGGAUGGACUGCGGCGCAUUUCCCCGUACUUGGAGUGGCUGGGCUGGCAUGUGAAGCCUGCGCUCCUGCUCGCAACAAAGAUGGGGUCGCUGCCAAUGGUGGAGAUCCUCAGCCAAUUCGCCGGGAUAUCGGGAGCAUUUGAUCCGCAGUAUUUCUCCGGCGCGCUGGUCAAGAGCGAGAACCCGGCCCUCCUCCGCUGGUGGCUGGACAAGCUUUGCGAAUUGUACCCAGGUGCAGACGACCAUAGAGUCCCGGCCUACGCCUUGUUGGCCGCUGAGGCGUUUUCGACCAGCUCGCCUGAGAUGUACGCCGAGUGGGAGGACUUUCUGCUGGACCCCGUGCGGCAACUAACGUCGGCCAGGGUCCCGCGCUUGGUUUCUCGAAGGAUGCUCGACCGCGAUCCAGUCACGUUUGACGAGGUCCAGGCGCUGAUCCCGCACUUUGGGAAGCUCUCGGUGGUCUUCUCCAAGUCGGUCUUCUGCGCGGUCAAGAAAGAUGCCUUGUUCGAGGCCCGCCUCAUCCAGACAUGGCACCGCUUGAUCGAUGUCGUUGGGCCUCUAGACCCCCGGUUUCUGGGCUGGUCACUCAACAUGCUGGCGCGGUCGUCCAACCACUCCAUCACCCUGGCGACGGAGCUGUUGCGGCUGGGGGCGCCCAUCGACUUUCCGCGCGGAAGGGCGGGCGUCAUUGGGGAGGUGAAGUUUAGUCCUGAGGAGUUAAAGGAUCGUUGGAGGUAUGAUGCCAGAGGUGAGAAGGUUCCUCAGACACAUGCGAAGCGGUACAAGGGUAUGACGGCGCUGCAUUAUGCGUCGCGGGUGACGUCGGAGCAGGCGGCGCGGUUCGCACGCUUCCUACUCGAGGAGGGCGCCAAUCCCGAGUAUGGAUGGGCUCACGUAACGCCUGCGGAAGAGAAGGGGGCAGGGUUGAUGCAGAAGUGGCUGGGCGAGUCGUGGGAUGAGGUGGUGGCGAGGACUAAGGAGGCGAGGCAAGCGAGGAAGAGGGAGGAGGGGGUGGAAUUGGACGACGACCUGGAUGAGGAUGAAGACGAGGAGUUGCCGAAGCCAAAACGGCGUCGGAAAGCGAGAGAGAUGCAAAAGGGUGAUAGUGACUGAGAAGAAGACGAGGAUGAGCAGACCAUUCCACUAAGGUAGCCUCCGGGACCAAUGCAACAAGGGACAAGACCAUAUGACU